AUGGAUUCGACGCUCAUUGACGUCUGGCAAGCCGCUGCUGGCAACCCUUUCCUUCCUACCGUUGGGAAGGGCACUCAAUUCCUCGUCGCCUUCGUGCUCCUCCUUCUGGGUCUCUUCUCCUUCGGCAUCUUUGCCCUCAACCGAUCUGCAGUCAACGUGCCCGUCAUUGGAAUCCCAGCUUCUUUGGCCAUCGCAGUGGGAACCGUCUACAUGUUCUGUGCGGUCGGCGUCUACGUUUGA